AUGAAGGAGGAGAUUGCUGCUGCUGUGUUCUUCAUGGCUCGGCUGGUGAAGAGAUAUGGCUGCCUGGAUAAUGAAGGCAGGGAGCGCUUUGCCGCCGCCCUCACCUGCAUUCUGUUUGCCAACUACAAGAACCACUGGCACCCGAGCGUGCCCACCAAGGGACAGGCCUACAGGUGUCUGCGUAUGAACCGGGUGCGGCUGCAGGACCCCGUGCUGCAGCAGGCCUGCGAGCAAAGCGUGGUGCGGUACGAGGAUCUGGGCCUUCCGCAGGAGAUGACGGUGUGGGUCGACCCCGGGGAGGUGUCCUGCAGGUACGGCGAACACAGCACUCCAUUUUCAGUCUCAGUGGUAGAUGGCUGUCGCCGUGGAGAUGGAGAAUUUUCCCGCCGCAUCCAUGACGCCGUGGAGCGGGCGAGCCUCGACGUCCAAUCGGGGAGCUCGUCAGAUGAGGAGGAAGAGGAGGGCGGAGACAACAGCAUGAGCAGCAGCAGCCUAUCUUCUCUCUGUUCUGCCCCAAUCCCGCCCAGCAACCCUGAGCCCAAAACCAUCCCAACCGUUAGCAACCCCAACAGCGUCUACCGGUUCAGUGAGUUUUCUCCAGGCGCCCCUCAGACCUGGCUGAGGGAGAAGCGGAAGGCCUUUGCCGGGGAUGCGUUCCCACCUCACGCUCCUCAGGCUGGGGGUCCGACCUCUCAGUUCUCCAGCCAGAAAAGCUUCAAGUCCUAUCGUCCCUCAUUCACCUUCGCCGGGCCUCGUGUUGACAAGUACCACUGGGUCAGCAAAUCCCGAUAG